AUGGCGAACAAAAUCGACCAUGCUCAUCCUCUGUUUUUAUCAUCUUCUGAUGUACCAGGAGCUGGUCAGAUUGGAAUUCAACUCACAGGCAUGGAGAAUUACACUUUAUGGAGCGGAGCGAUGGAAUUGACUCUGUUGACUAAGAACAAAUUGGGAUUUUGGGAUCAAUGUAAUGCUAUGGUGCUCACAUGGCUGAUGAGUAAUGUGAGCAAGGAUUUGGUGAGUGGGAUCUUAUUUCGUUCUAAUGCAACACUAGUUUGGAGUGAUUUGAAGGAACGUUUUGAUAAGGAUCUAUGGGAUGAAUUCGACUCAAUUGUUCCACCUCCCUCUUGUAAUUGUGAUAGAUCUAAAGAGUAUAUUGAUAGCAUGCUUAGACAAAAGCUUUUGCAAUUUUUAAUGGGCCUGAAUGACAAUUAUAGCCAUGCUAGAAGUCAGAUUCUUAUGAUGAGUGUUCCACCUAUUGUUAAUCAAUGCUAUGCUAUGAUAAUUCAAGAUAAAAGCCAAAGGGAGUUGUGUGGAGAUCACUACACCUUAGGGGGGCAAUUAGAUUCUACUGCAUUAUUUUCUAGUAGAUCUGGAGGAAAUGGUUCUGGAAGUCCAGGUUAUCGAAGUCAAGGAAAUAUGAAACCCCAUAGACCACAGAGGGGUGGAUAUUUGUAUUGUGAUCACUGUGAAAUGAAAGGUCACAGUAAAGCUGAUUGCAACAAGCUAAAAUAUUGUACUCAUUGUCAUAAGCAUGGGCAUCUGAAGGACAUUUGUUUCCAGUUGAUAGGUUAUCCUGCCAAUUACAAAGGAAAAAGACUAGCUAAUAAUGUGUCAAUAGACUAUGGAUCCCUAGGAAGUUCAAAUGAUAGUAGUUGCUUUGUCCCUUCCACACAACAGUCACAACAACAAUAUGGUUCAGGGUUUGGAGCUGGUUCAGUUCCACAGUUUACACCUAAUCGGUAUAAUCAGGUCCUUCAGAUGUUGAACAAACCAUUGAUCCAUGAAGGAACUACAACAUCUACCAACAUUAAUGCCAAUGCAGCAAGUAUUUUUGCAGGAAACUCUAAGUUCAAUUCCUUUAGUUUUAAUUGGAUUGUUGACAGUGGAGCAACUGAUCAUAUGGUGGGAACUAAAAAUGUAUUGACUCAUGGAUCAACAGUGAUGAGUUCAGGACAGGUUCAACUUCCAAAUGGUGAUUCAUCUAGAGUAACACACUCAGGUUGUUCUAAGCUACAAGGAGGUGAUGUGGAUCUCCUCACUGGGAGAGUGAAGGAGAUUGGUGAAGAGGAUGGUGGUUUAUACAUUUUGAAGUCUCCUCAACUGAUAGACACUGGACAACAUCAUAAGAAUCUUGCAGCUGCAGCUGUCAAGGAUUCUGAUAAAGGUUCUUCAUCUGGUUCACUACUAUCAGAUAUUGGUGAAUAUCAAAGAGUUGUUGAGAGGUUGAUUUACUUAACCAUUACUAGACCUGAUUUGUCUUACGCUGUUCAAAACCUAAGUCAAUUUAUGAAUGCACCAAAGAGGGAGAAGAUUCAAAGAGGUCUUGUAUUCAUUCAACAUUUGGCCACUACUGAGCAACUUGCUGAUGUGUUAACCAAAGGUCUUGGUCGUUUGCAACAUGAGUAUCUUGUAUCCAAGCUAGGCAUGAAGAACAUCUUCAUAUCUCCUAGCUUGAAGGGGGGUAUUGAGGAGUAUGAUAAGAGCAUUGCUAAGAGUUGA